CUCACGAAGCAGAGCGUCUGGCUGAAGGACUGGCGACGGCGCUACUUCGUCUUGAAGAGCUCGAAGCUCUUCUUCUGCAAGGGCGAGUCGUCCGUGCCCCACGGCAUGAUCGACCUCGCCUCCUGCAUGACGGUCAAGAGCGCCGAGUACAAGGCGCACAAGCGCAACGCGCUCGAGGUCUCGACGCCCGACACGACGUACCUCAUGUUCGCCGACAGCGAGAAGGAGAAGGACGACUGGAUCGGCGCCAUCGGCCGCGCCAUCGUCCGCUGCUCGUCGACCUACACGAACGACGACGGCAUGGAGGGCGACGAC